GCUGACGAUUCAGAGUCACGUGACGAGAGAAUGUCACGUGACCCAGUGACGUCAGGAGGUCCGUUUCCUGCAUGGAGUUUAGCUGCUAUUAUCCCAUACAAGAAUGAAACGCCUCACCUCUCUCGCAGUCUGCCCUCACCUCUGGCGCGCAAUACCAUGCCAUCUCUCUGAACUUCGCCUGGAUUUUGUCCUACCAGGUGGUCAGUCUUUUCGGUGGAGAGAAAGCAGUCCUGGAUACUGGACAGGUGUAUUACAUGGACGAGUGUGGACUGUGACUCAAAAAGAUGGCCACCUGUGGUACACAGUGUAUCCCAGCCCAGGGUCAACAGAAUGUGAAUCGGAAAAGAAGGCUCAGAAAAGGCCUGCAAAACGAAAGCUGCCCCAUACUAUCCCUGAACCAGUAAAACAGGAUAAAGACCUAAUAAAGCAGGAAAAAGAGGAGAUAUGUGCAGAAAAUGACUCGCUAACUACUGACUGCAAGAAAGACAGCGACAUUUUACAGGAUUACUUCCAGUUGCACGUCAGUCUCGGUGAACUCUACAAUCGGUGGAGAGAGUGUGACAAGAACUUUCUGAAAGUAGCUAAGGAAUUCCCAGGAAUUCGGGUUUUGCGGCAGGAUCCUGUAGAAUGCCUUUUCUCUUUCAUCUGUACCUCCAACAACCACAUCUCUCGCAUCACUGGAAUGAUUGAGCGGCUGUGCAGUGGUCUGGGGAGAAGACUAUGCCAGCUUGACUUGGUGGAGUACUAUUCCUUCCCCACGCUCCAGGCACUGGCAGCUGAAGACACUGAGGCCAAGUUGCGAGAUUUGGGUUUUGGUUACAGAGCAAAGUUUGUCAGCGAGAGUGCCCGAGCAAUUUUGCAGAAGCAUGGUCCUGAUUGGUUGGAGACUCUUCGACUGGCUUCCUAUGAGGAAGCAAAGUCUGCACUAUGUUCCCUGCCAGGGGUAGGAGCCAAAGUUGCAGAUUGUGUUUGCCUGAUGGCUCUUGAUAAACCAGAGGCUGUACCCGUGGACACUCAUGUCUGGCAGAUUGCAAAAAGAGACUAUUUACCUCAGCUUGGUCAGGGCAACAAGACUCUCACAGAGCGGGUCUACCGGGACAUUGGAGAUUAUUUCCGCAGUCUCUGGGGUCCAUAUGCUGGAUGGGCCCAAGGAGUCUUAUUUUGUUCGGAUCUUAAGAAAUUCCAGAGUUCAGGAGAUGAAGCAAAGGCAAAAAAGAAGCUGAAAGGACAAAAGUGAUUAUAUAUACACACUGUAUAAGCAACAAUUUAAUCUCUUUUGUACAUAGUCAAAUAAUGAUGAAUUGUCAAUGUCAGGUGUAUUUUGUUUUUAUUCUGCAUUCUUACAGUACACAGUCACCUAGUAAAAUAAACAUAGUAGAACACAUCUGCUUGUGUCUAUAAGGGUAUGCUGUAAGUUGGGUCCACUCUCAGAAGUUGGUACUAGAUAGUUUACUACAUGGAGAUAUUAGCUGCCAUUAAACAUGUGCCUUCCUGGUGAACUACUACAUGCAAGUUCCAACAAUACAGUUGCACUCACAAGUAGUGAGACCCCUAGAGACUAUACACAGCAUAUAACAAAUUGCUACAUUACCCUCCUCUAUUAGGUGUAUAUUUUAAUUAUAUAUAUAUAUAUAUAUAUAUAUAUAUAAUUAAAGUGAGAAGACCUGCUUAGGCCUCCUGCCUACAGGAAAUACCAUAAUACUUUUAUUUGUCAAUAUAGUGUAUAAAAGGCCUUUCCUUUUUAGCAGAUUCCAGCUUUACAUUUUCGUCCAUCUCCAGAAAUCCCCUUUAACACUUCAAGUAAUAAUUAAACAGUGCGGGGGCCUAGGCAUGCAAGACUGUUUUGUGUCAUACUCUGCCCCUUCAUUGCAGAACUGCAGGUAUUUUUUGUGGUCAUGCAGAAUUUUUUUUAUUUUAUUUAUAUGUAAUUUGUAAGAACUAUGGCAUAUGCCAUAUAAUAGAGAAUAUGGUACUCUAAGGAUAGGUUCACACAGACUUUCAGAAGUGUAUCUAGCAGGAAGAAGUAUGUCCAUGUAUAUUUCUCAUACCUUUUCAAUCCACAUCUGGCUUUGGCAGAAACACCUGCAGCAAAAUCUGCCCAAAAAAAAAAAAAUGUCUGUGUAAACCUACUCUAAUAAGGAUGUUCCAUUUGAAACAUCUGUCUCUUAAACCAUAGCAGUCUCAGUUACGGUACGGCCACACAGUUUUCUGGAUCAGGUUUUGAGGCAGAUCUGUCUGCCUAAUUUUCAACUGAAGCCAGAAGUGGAUCCAGCAGGAAGGAGAAGUAUAAAUCCUUUAUUUCCAAUACCUUUCAAACCCACUUCUUGCUUUGGCAGAAAAUCCCGUCUGAAAACCUCGUCCAAAAAGCUCUGUGUAGCCAUACCCUUACAGAGGAAAACAACACAGAUGAUUUGACAACUUUCUCAAUUACGACUAUGCUGGGUCUAAUUAGUGAAUAACUAUGGAAAAACAUAGAAGGGAAACAUUUAUGUGACGUGACCUUGUCAUUAUGAUUGAUUACAAUUCUCAUUUAGAGACACACUUUUUUCUGCAUUUCAUAUUCGUUUAAAACCCCACAAUUUAAUCUAGACAGGUAAAGUCAACAGCACUGAGUGUUAUGAAUUAUGAUGCUCAGAGAAUUGAUAGAUAUCUAUCUAUCUAAUCAAUAACAGGGUCCAGUAUAGAUAAAGCUGUGAUAUCCGACAAUGCUUAUAUUAAAGAACGUUUCGGUCAUAUGAGCCUGGAUGUGAUGGCUUUAGUGUAUGCUGCUGGACUGCUCUGAGCGGUCCUGCAGUGCACAUCUACAUUGGGAUGU